UCCCAUACAAGGCUAUCACCACCAUAUAUCCUCAGACAGUUUUACAACCCUAAUUUGUGCUGAGUGUCGGAUGAAAUGAAAAUUUUACUUCAUAUAGAAUAUCACUGGAAUUUACUUUUUGAUAAACAUGCUUAUUUGAUUGGUUCUCAGUAUUCAACUUCUCUUAAUUUUAGUUCUAAUGGAAUGUAUUGGCUAUGCCUUUUCAAACUCAAGCAGGACUUGUGAUGGAGGUAGAAAGAGCAGACUCAAUAGUGCUGAAUCAUCAGGGACUUUUGCUAGAAGGCACUAGAAGAGAAGGCAACUCAAAGCAACGGCCUGAUGCACUUGUUCAGGUGUUUGCUAGAACUAUAAUUUGCCGGGAUUUGGAUGUUGCAACAAGAGUUGUCCGCACAGAUGGUCUUGACUGCAUUACUUUGGAAGGUGACCAAGUGAGCAAAAAAGGUGGCAUGACUGGUGGAUUUUAUGAUUAUAGACGCUCAAAACUGAGGUUCAUGAGCAUUGUUAGGCUCAACACAAUUUAUAUCAGCGAAAAGCAAAAUGAAUUGGAGCAAGUUAGACAAAUGCUUCAAGAGAUAGACCAGAAAAUUAAUGAACUUGUGGCUGAACAACAGAAAAAUGAUGCUAAGUUGGCUCAUGACAAAUCUGAGCUAGAACAGUUUAGGCAGGAUAUUGCAAAUGCGGAGGGACAUAAACUUUCCAUUUCUAAAGCUCUUGAGAAAAAGAUACUAGAUACAAAUCCCCAGCUCUUUUUCCAUCUCCAAAAGCAAAGGUUGAUGGAACUGAUAACGAAUGGGAAGGUGGAAGAAGCUUUAGAGUUUGCUUCAAAGGGAGAGGAAAAUGUAAUAACUGUGUUGGGUAUUAUAUUUUUUCUAGAACCUAAGGAUCUCAAAAUUUCCGUCUCUAGCCAUAAAUUUGACUCUUAA